UACUCACACCCACACACUUGUUUAGUGUUUAUGCAUGAAUCACAGUGUCCUUAAAGCAUGUUCUUUUCCAGGAUGAGGGACCACGGUGGUCUGGACAAGGCCCUCGUGAAGGAGCUUAAAUCUUGCUGUGCGCGAGAGGGCUAUUUCCUGCCCAGUAAAUCUGGUUUGAAGAUGAUCGAAAUAUCUGAGAACGGCGUGUCAGCUAAGUGCAGAGAUGCCCAAGUGGAGGAGUUGUGGGGUCUGACCAGCUUUCAUGGCUACAGCAUGCAAACGUUUGUACGAGCUGUCAACCUGUUUGAUCGGUUUCUCACCCUCGUGAAGGCCGAGCCCAAACACGUGCCACUUGUGUCGGUGUGCUGCCUGGGCUUGGCAGCCCGCGUCACAGAGGAAGCUGCGGAUGUGGCGCCCUCCCACCAACCGCUCGGCCGCUUCAGCACGUCGGAGUUGCUCCGCACGGAGGAAGCGCUGGCGCUACAGCUGGGCUCCGACACCCCCGCGCCCACAGCCUUCACCUUCCUGCACCUUUACUACUCAGCCUUGGACAGCGCAUGUCAUGACGAGGGAACAGAGAUCCCGAAUGUGGCCAAGCUAGAAGCUCAGCUGAAAGCCUGCUUGUGUCGGCUGGUUUUCGCCAAAGCAAAACCGUCCGUGCUGGCCCUGGCUCUCGUGGCAAACGACAUGGGGAACCUGCAGUCCCCCGCUGCGACCGAGGUGGUUCGGCAGCUGCAAAGACUAGCAAAGGUGGGUAACAGUGAUCUGCGCCAUUGGAGAAACCUGGUGGCCAAGCGUAUGACAGAGUACCGGUCGACUCGGUGCCACAAGCCUGAUGGCAGGAAACUGGUGUGGCCGCUUUCCAAGAGAACGGUGCGGAGUCUGCGCGCCGCACACUGCGCCACCCCCGGCCUUCCCACCAUACCCGAAGACGCCUGGGACCAAAGUGAGGAGGACACGAGUGGCGCUGAAGACAGCCCAUGUGGCUCUCUGGGCAGCGUUGGUGAAGGCACCUUCUUUCCCCUUUCGUAUUUGUGAUUUUUUUCCCCAUGUAUUUAAAACAUUUUUAUAUUCUGUAUUUCUUUUGUAAUUCACAAUACAAAAAUAAUGGUAUAAUGGUAUAUCGCCAAAACGAUAUAAAGCUUUCUACUGAAA